AUGACAGGCAAGAAAGUCUCAAAAGCCAAAAAGGGACAAAGAAGAUGGCGCCGCAGAGAAAAAAUUGAGAAAGAGGAUAAGGAAGCUAAGUCUGUAAAGAUAAAAACCAAGGAACCAAAGCAAGCCAGUAAGAUUAAGACUAAGAACUCAAGGAAAGAUAAAAUAUCAGCUCCCACUCCAAUUCUUGUUGAUUCCGACAGCGAUAUCAAUGUGGUUCACCUCAUUGAAGAUGAAAAUGAUGCCGAAGUUCAAAUCCUCAACGCUGGCCCCAUCAAUUCUGACAAAAUCCAAAUCCUCAAAGAUCGAGCCAUGGUACAUGGGCAGCCCACCCAGACUGAACCUUCCAUCAACAAUUCCGAGCCAGAAAAAAACACCGAGACAACCGAUAUGGAACUAUUUGACUUCCAAGAAGCUGAAAUUGAAGCGAGAAACCAAGGUAAUGAUCUAGUUAAUUACUACGAUCUUGCGAUGGACGAUGAAACAUCAGAUGAAGAUAGCGAUGAGACCGAAGACAAGGACAAACGGUUUGAAGGAUUGUGGCCAAUAUUCUCUGGUGGAAUCUCUGCUAGCCAAGAAUCAAUUAAACAUCGCCAACUAAAAUCUGGAAAGAAGACCUAUCAACAACCGGUCAAGAAUCCAAAUUCUUCCUCCAGUAAGCUUAUCCCAGCCCCUAUUCCCAAGCAGACCAAACACGACAGGAAAAAUCGACGCAUUCAAGCUCUUGGAACAAACAAUACAAUAUUGGAGAACUAUUUUAUCCGAUUGGAGCCCGUUAAACCUGCCAUAGCGGAUUCAGCCAUUGAUCCUGACCUUGUGUCUGCCACCCUGUUGAAUAGUACUAUUGCCAAUCCUUGCCUUGAUCAAGCCGAACGUGAAUCCGUCGAUGCCCAACUUGCUUGCCUAUUAGAACAACGGCUUGCAGCUCCAACAAAACCUCAGACUGCGAGCAAAUCAGAUAAAGCUCAGGCCAAAUGGGAGGCACUCAACUCUGCACUCAACAAAGCCACUUUACGGUACCAGCAAAAAGUAAAGAAAGAUAAAAAGUUCAAGUUUCCCCAAUCGAUGAUGAACAACCUUUAUCAGUUUAACAACCUUCGACUCAAGUACUCGCUCAAUGGAACCGGGGGGUUGAUAACCCCCAGUGUCACAGCUUCUCUUGCAGCUGCUCAGAGCUCUAUAGAACAGCACCCUUCGACCACCGGUCCUCCAAAAUUAAGAAGUGGAAUAUAUCUAUCUUGGUCUAUUCGACGUGAGGCCAAACAUAUUCUGAAUAACCAACACCUCUCUGAAGUCAAGCAAGGCAAUCGAAAGAAUCAUCGGUUGUUGCUAGAAAAUGUAGAACUUCGAAAAGUUCUAUUCACUUGGGCAGCAUCUCAAGUCGCUGGUCAUGUGACUCCGAUAACAUUCCGUGAGCAUGUCAUCAACAAAGUCUUCCCUCAGUUCGACAUUCAGGAAGGCCUUAGCCGAAAUGCUGUGACUCGUUGGAUGAUCAAACUUGGAUACCGCCCUCAGGAGUAUCGAAAGUGUCUUUACUUCGAUGGGCAUGAGCGACCUGAUGUACUCAAAUCUAGAAAGAAAUACAUCGAAGAUUUCUCCUCUUAUCGGAAGCAAUCCAGGGUAUAUGGCGGUGAUGAUCUUGAAACUGCGGCUCAAGUCGACCCUGAAGCACUAGGUGAUGGAAAGGAAACUGUCUUCAUAUUCCAUGACGAGUCUACCGUUGUUCGACCUAACUGCUCCCGCCCCUGA